AUCAGUUUAAUGAUGGAGGAUAAUACUCGAGCGGAAAGUUUCGAAGAGAAGGAAAAUGCAAAUACAAAAAUGCAAGCGCUUAAAAAGGAGGAAUGCAUUCUUGAUCAUAUGGAGAUAUGUGUGACAGAAGCAGAGAAAAGAGAAACUGGAGCCCUCAAUAUAAGGGAUUUCUAUACCGUCUAUUUAAUAGAAACAAAAGUGACAGAUCUGGACUGGAAUGGCACUUUGAAUAAAUUGAGUUCAUUGUGGCGCCGUUACAGUGAGUUUGAACUCCUCCGGACAUAUCUUGAGGUCACGUAUCCGUAUAUUGUGGUGCCUCCAUUACCAGAGAAGAAAGUGAUAUAUGCUUGGCAGAAGAUUGCCUCUGAUACAUUUGACCCUGAUUUUGUUGACAGACGUCGAGCAGGACUUGAGAAUUUUCUGCUUCGUGUUGCAUCACAUCCCAUUCUCUCAUUUGAUCAACAGUUCAUUGGGUUCUUGCAGCAAGAGGAGGGCUGGGGGGAGAGCAUUAAAGACACAGGCUAUCUGCAGCUGGCUGAAUCCAAACUGAAAGCCCUGAGUGUGUCUGUAAGGCUGAAGCAGCCUGACAAGAGGUUUGAAGCCAUCAAGAACUAUGGAAAUGAGUUACAGAAUAACUUGGGGAACCUGUUGCGUGUGCGUGCUAGGUUAGUGGAGCGACUAUAUGGGAUACACAAACUUCACGCCAAUUAUGGCCGUGUCUUCAGUGAAUGGAGUGCAAAGGAAAAGGAAAUGGGAGACGGAUUACAGAGAGCAGGCCAUUACCUGGACUCGCUAGCUGCUGGCAUUGACAUGCCCCUAGAAGAAGAAGAAUUGUAUGCUGACCAGCUGAAGGAAUAUCUGUUCUUUGCGGGAGCCCUUCAAGCAGUGUGCCGACGCCAGGAAAUGUUGCAACUGCAGCUAGAAAAAGCAGAGGCCCAGGUUCUUACACGUACCAUUGAAAAGGACAAUGUUCAGAAAGGAAAGUCUGGAUUGAUGUCACGUUUGUUUGGGAGUGUGGAUACAGAGGAGGUACGUGAACUGAAGGUGAAUCUCCUUGACCAGAGAAUUCAGGAGGGCAAGGACGGCAUCCACAGCGCUCAGGAGGAGCUUAGCGAAUUUUCAAAACAAGCAUUAAUUGAUAUUGAAAGAUUCCAACAACAGAAGAUUUCGGAUCUUCGUGAAACACUGACAGGCUACGUGAUUCUCCAGAUCAAAAUGUGUCGGAAGGGUCUUCAAACUUGGACACACAUACGAGACUGCUUGGAGGCGAUACCAUAAUUGUGAAAUGAAGUUGAAGUCUCCCUGUUUAUUAGGGAUGCCAAUUGAUGUGGGGGUGUAAAGGAAAUGAGUCUAAUUUGGAAUCCAGAAUAGCAACAGAUAUGUCAUGUUGUAGUCAUGAAGUGGGUUGGGUUCAUCUGUUAUCAGGUUCAUUUGUUUUAUAUCAAAUUGAUGAAAUAUUAAUGUAAAUGGUAUUACUGUAAACAGAAACAUCACCAGUCAUUCAUCAUAAAGUUGACAACAUUACCAAAAAGAAUUCUUGUACCAGUGAACUUUAUGAGCGUAGCAUGCGUGAUGUGGAUCAGGUGAUGACACAGUGCACACAUUCCUUGACUCUUGCUUAUGUUUAAUCGGCUACUCACGCUUGUUAAGUACUACUGCUGUUAUGUUUGUUGCAGGCAGAGAUGAUGUGCUUGUAUUCCUCUUUGCUUUAAGUUGCACCUUUCCACAGUUGACUAGUGUAAUACUGGACAUGAAGACAUGCUUGAUGCCUGCAUCGUAUUGUCACAUGGGGGUUAGCGUGACAAAUAAAUGUGAGGUCUAGAUUUGAUGAUUGGAUUCAUUGGCACGUCUUUACAAUUACAGUUGAUUAUAGGAGUUCACAUUCAGCUCCUUAACGACGUCUUCGACAAAUCUCAAUGAGCAACCUUUCACUGUUGUCUGAGUCUCAUGCUGGUCUCUGGUCUCUCAAAUUUUGGAUCUCUGCUCUUUCAUAACUACUGGGCGGCCCACGUAGAAGACAUCGUGAUGAACAAUUCAUUGUCCUCUGUUGUCAUGGAAUCUUUUGUUUAGCAGCUUGUUGCCUGGUAAUGACUCUUUCACUACUAUCUAGUGUUUACUUAGCCGGUUCUCAUCAAUGGACAUGUGGCUCUGGCUUCACUAUUCCAGCUUUCAGUUGUCACAUCAAAAUGUGUAUGUUGUACAGCCAUUCAUGAUACUCUGGAAUCUGCAUUUUAGUUACUGGCUGUAAUACGCUAGCCGUGCACUUGACAUUUAUUUCCAUUCAUUAGAGUUAGCCUGAGUUUUUGUGACUGUCGCUCUGGACAGAAACUAACUGAAUUGUAUAUUGAGUUAUGAUGAAUGAAAGUUGCAUGAUAAUCUUACAUAUGUACAGAAAUGUAACUUUAUUGUUUUCUGCUGUGAACCCAAUAGAGAACACCCAAAGGUAUGAAAUGUUCUCUGCCAUACUGCCAGUGUGCACUGUACCCACAGCUGUUAAGUUCGUAUGCAUGUGUUAUGGUGCCUGUGGCUGUGAUUCAAAUCCUCAUUCCCAGUCUUUAUUUUUAAUUACAUGAGUAAACUUUAUUUUCUUUAUUUGAGUGUUAUUCCCCCUUUAAAGUUUUAGCUGCUAUAUUUGUGAUAUUGACAGGGAAAGCAAAGUAUAUAUGUAUAUAAUAUUUGUGUUGCAGAAUUGCAUGUCUUUUCCAGGUUAGUAUAAAUAUGUUUAUGGUGUUGAGACCUACUUGGUGGAGGGAAGUGUUUAUAAGUAGGUAAUUUAACACUUGUAACUAACUGUUCUUCUUGUUGGCUGUGAAAGAUAGGGUGGUUGUCCAUUUCUGUAUUUCUAAGAAAUGAUUUCUCUUUUAUUUGUCCAUAGGAAUUUAUGUCAUACACUGUAACAUGCGUAAAAUCUUGGCAUUGAAGUGUGACAGUAGAAAUUUGCAAUUAUAAAUCUGUAUUUAAACGAUACAUUCCAGAAAUAUCACUCUUGGGCUGUAUUUGUCCCGUUCUUCCACUGAUGAUAACAGUUAACAUUUGUCUGUAUGUUCAAAGCUCUGCAGUUUUCAGGUAUUGCAUCCUAUUUAAUUAUGAGAUUUAAGGUUUUCAUGGCAGCAAAUAUUGGGAUGCAAUCUGUGCAGUUCUAUAAAUAAGUACAAUUUCAGGGGAACUCUGCUCUUCUGAAAAUGGGGGAGCAGGUUCUUCUGAAACAAAGUCACCUGUCUACAAAACUGUGGUGUCAUGUCUCAGAAUAUCACAGUGUGAAGUGUUUAGUUAUGUCUUCAUGUUUUAGGCAAGUCUGCUUGUUAGAUGUUGAAGUUUGCUGUUCAUGAGAGAAAUUCUGAAUAGGAACUGCUUGCACAAAUGCUGUGCAUACCAAGUGCAGUGCACUGCUGCACUGUUGCUGUGUUUGAAGGCUAUUAUUACCUUUGGAUACUUUUAUACUCUUAACUUCACUGCUGAGCAGUGUUGUCAGAUGCUUCUGAAACUGCACAUCUUUCUGCUUAUUUUGUUAAGUAAUAUUCAUUGCCAAAUAUACUGUGUAGUCUCUCUCUCUCUCUCUUUUUGAUAUAUGUAUGUAUAUAUAUAUGAUAUAUGUGAAAGUUAUUAAAACAUUACUCAGGUUGUGAGAAAAUAUAGUUGCAGGUUAAAAUCUGACAUAAUGAGUUGUAACCACUAAAGACCCAUAGACAGACAAGCACUCUCACAGUAUAUGUGAACAAAAUGUAAAAUUGUUUGAUGCAGAAUUUAUUGUAUCUGAGAUUUUCAUGAUGCUUUGUGUGAAGAUCAUUGUCUUCUAGGACAUCUGUUUGGUACUUAGGUGUCCGUGUUUUGUAGGAACAUGGGUAAUGAUCUCCCAUGCUGCACAGUAUCACAUCUCAGAAUACAGCAGUCUUCAGUUGGAUGAAUUCAAAACUUUGAAGCUAAACAAACUGACACUGAUUGGCUGGACAGCGCCUUGUGAAUGCCAUAUCGUCAGUGGUAAACUUAUGUUGGGUGUAACUGAAUGUCCGCCACAUGUAGAAGCUCAUGAUUUUUGCAUUGUUGCUUGCUCAUGUUUCAUUGUAUAGACUGAGUGUUGAAGUUAACUGCCAGUCAGUUUAUAACUAGGCUUUCAUGGCAGCUAAAUGUGAUUAAGCCUUCUUCGGUGACUGGCCACAUAAAUUUGAAGCAGAAGUUUUGCAGCAUCAGGGAGAAGUUUAUGUCAUAAACAAAGCUGUAAAGACAUGUGUUAGUUUGAAGGAGGUUUGCUUGCCAGCAAUUUGAAGUUGUUUUGUGAAAAUAAUUUAUAUUCUUAUGACUGGAAUUCAGGAGUUUAGUUUUGAACCUGUAAUCCAGUUUUCUAUAGAUCGUGAUAAACCAUUCAAGAUAAAAGUCUGAAGCUAACGAAGUAAGUUGAGGGAGAACAGAUUUUAAGCUGGUGAUGAAGAUCUAGAUCAUUCUGUGCACUUUAUCAUUGAUAACAUAAAUUAAAUUAUUUAAAUUCAAAUAAAAUACAUUAUUCUAGAAAGAAUGAACAAAUUUGGGAAGCCAAAAAUCUCUUUUAGUUUAAUAUGUAUUGUUUUCAUUUCUGCUGAAUAUCAUAUAAUGUGACUGAAAGUGAACAGCUGGUAAAUAAAUUUUGUAAGGUUAAUGUGCAUCUAUAAUAAUCUAAUUGUGUCUGACUUGUGGAAUAAUAUUUUUGAAUGAUGCAAAUGUUUAAUUCAUAUAAAAAUAAUGAUUAUUUGCCAUUGGACCAAUAGAAGAUAUAUAUAUAUAUAUAUAUCAUCAAUAAGAUGAUGAAACAUGUAAUGUCGGGUUUUGAAUAUCACUGCUGGAACAUUGGACAGUGGCUCCAGCUGUUUAUCAUUGCUCUUCAUUUCCAUAUUUGUGCUGUUUCAGUCUGUCAAGUGUAACAGGUACAAUAUAUACGGGUUACAUCUUCUUUAGGAUGUCUAUAUAACAAAAUGGUCCAUGUAAAAUGUACAAUAUCAUAAAGAAUUUUGUGCUACUAAUGAAACACAGUAGAUUUUGUAUAUGUAACAUAGUGUGUUCCUUGAAGUAAGAGGAUGGAAAGAAACAAAAGGCUUGCAGUAGAGCUCGGGAGCAGUGGACUAUAGGAAUACAUUCACAUCUCAGAAUUAUUUAGGCUUGUUGUCCUUUUGAAUAGUUACAAUGUCCUGUUUACUAUGCAGGUCUGUAAUUCAGUAACUCAGAUUUUGACCUCUUAUGCCCUUUGUUUCAUAUCUUGUCAUU